GAUCUAUUGCUCGCGCUAUUGCACAUUUUCAUGACAAGAUUCGACCUUGUCCUCACUAAUGGCAUGAAUUAUAUGGUAUGGUUUAUUACUUGGACUGUAACAACUAGAUCCCUAUAUUUUGGACAGUAGUGAGACAGGCCAUAGUAUCUUCUCUUCAUAGUGUCCUUUGCCUAAGCUUAACUUCUUUCAUUUCAUUCGAACCAUUCGUUGAUUCCAAUUGUCUUAUCCACUUUGUCAUCCCACUAUAAUUGAACUGCUAGAACCUCUAUUCUGAAAUCAUAUUACAUUCUUCUUCGGAGAGAUUCAUUUGGUUCACAUUUUGCAGCAGCAAAAAUUAACUAUCUAAUUUUGAUCUAAGAUGGCUCUAAAAAUGACAUCGCCAAGUGAACUGGUCAGGUCGUCGAUGCUGAAUUCGACCUCUGGAUUGGCCUCGUCUGAUUCCAAGUUCAAUGGACAGAAGCUUAGAUCUGGACUUAGUUUCAAGAGUAGAACAAAUAAAGCCUAUGCCAGCUCUGUCCGCUGCUCUAUACAAGCUCCUCCUCCUGCCUGGCCUGGAACAGCACUUGUAGAUGAAGAUAGGAAAGUAUGGGAUGGUCCAAAGCCUUUCUCAGUCAUUGGUUCAACUGGCUCAAUUGGAACUCAGACUUUGGACAUAGUAGCUGAACAUCCAGAUAAGUUCAAGGUUGUUGCACUUGCAGCAGGCUCAAACGUGACACUACUUUCAGAUCAGGUCAGGACAUUCAAACCUAAACUUGUUUCUGUCCGCAAUGCAUCAUUAGCUGCUGAACUGAAAGACGCUUUGUCAGAUUUUGAACCCAAGCCAGAAAUAGUUUUUGGAGAGGAAGGGAUGAUAGAGGUUGCCCAACAUCCUGAGGCUGUCAGUGUCGUAACAGGAAUUGUAGGAUGUGCUGGUUUGAAGCCAACUGUUGCUGCAAUAGAAGCAGGGAAAGACAUAGCACUUGCUAAUAAGGAGACUUUAAUUGCUGGAGGCCCCUUUGUGUUGCCACUUGCACACAAACAUAAAGUCAAAAUUCUACCUGCAGACUCUGAACAUUCUGCCAUAUUUCAGUGCAUUCAAGGCUUGCCAGCAGGUGCUCUGCGACGUAUCAUUCUAACAGCUUCUGGAGGAUCCUUUAGAGAUUUGCCGGUGGAGAAACUGAAGGAUGUGAAAGUUGCAGAUGCUCUUAAGCAUCCUAACUGGAACAUGGGGAAAAAGAUAACAGUUGACUCUGCUACCCUGUUCAAUAAGGGUCUCGAGGUUAUAGAAGCACACUAUCUUUAUGGAGCUGACUAUGAUGAUAUCAAUAUUGUAAUUCACCCACAGUCAAUAAUUCAUUCGAUGAUAGAAACACAGGAUUCCUCUGUACUGGCUCAACUGGGAUGGCCAGACAUGCGAUUGCCAAUACUGUAUACAAUGUCGUGGCCUGAGAGAGUUCCAUGUUCAGAGAUUACUUGGCCUCGACUUGACCUUUGCAAGUUGGGUUCAUUAACGUUCAAAGCUCCAGACAAUGUGAAGUAUCCUUCCAUGGAUCUUGCUUAUUCUGCUGGUCGAGCAGGUGGUACUAUGACUGGUGUCCUUAGUGCAGCAAAUGAGAAGGCUGUUGAGUUAUUUAUUAAUGAAAGAAUUUCAUAUCUGGAUAUAUUCAAAGUUGUUGAAAAGACAUGUGACAAGCACAGAAAUGAGCUAGUUCUCCAACCGUCAUUGGAAGAGAUCAUACAUUACGACCUGUGGGCUAGAGAGUAUGCUGCAUCCCUGGGGCAAUCAAGUUUGGAGCCUGCUAUGAUUUGAGAAUUUGGCCCAAAAGCCGAAAGGUUCCAAACAGGCUUGUAGGAAAGAAAUUUAUUUCACUUUCUCCCGGAGAAUCACUGGCAUAAUUGCCUUAUGUGAAAUUUAGUAGGUUCUUUAUCCUGUCAUAGUUGAUUUAUCUUCUCUGGCACAGAAUAGAAUGAAUAGCGCAAUUCUGCAAAUAAGUUGUAAGUGAAUAUUUUUGGUAUCUUUUGUGCCAAAAGUUAUAGAAGUAAUUCAAGAAUUUUCAGAAA